GCUAAAUUCCAAUUCCAUAGCUACUAAUAUUAUCAUUCAAACCAUGUUAUUAAUCUUCCUCUCUUUGCUUUUGUUACUACAACAUUCAUCUUCAUCAUUGGAUACUAUCACAAAAGGUUCAUUCCUCUCAGUGGAAGAACCAAAGGACAUCAUAGUUUCACCAAAUGGCAUGUUCUGUGCUGGUUUCUAUGCCAUUGGUGAAAAUGCUUAUUCCUUUGCCAUUUGGUUUUCCGAACCAAAUUUCCAAACCAAAAACCUUACCUUAGUUUGAAUGGCAAACCGUGAUCAACCGGUCAACGGAAAAAAGUCAAAGCUUCACCUUCAAGACAAUGGUAACCUUGUUUUAAGAGAUGCUGAUGAAUCUCAUGUUUGGUCUACAAACACUUUCUCACUUUCCACUGUUCAUCUCAUUCUUUUAAACACUGGUAACCUCGUUUUAUACAAUGUUGGUGUUAUUUUGUGGCAAAGUUUUGAUUUUCCAACUGAUACACUUUUACCACAACAAAUUUUCAACAGACAUUCAAAACUAGUUUGUUCAAGAAGUGAGACAAACAAGUCUUCUGGUUUUUACACAUUGUAUUUCGACAACGACAACAUUCUUCGUCUUCUUUACAAUGGUCCCGAAGUUUCAAGCAUUUAUUGGCCAGAUCCUUGGCUAACUGAUUGGGAUUCUAAAAGAGCUGGUUACAAUAACAGCCGAGUUGCGGUUUUGAACACUCUUGGUAACUUUAGUUCAUCAGAUGAUUUCAAUUUCAUGACAUCUGAUUAUGGAACUUUACUUAUGCAGAGAAGAUUGAAACUUGACCAUGAUGGUAACAUUCGUGCUUACAGUCGAAGACAAAGAGAAGAAAAAUGGUAUGUUUCGUGGCAAGCGAAAUCGAGACCAUGUAGAAUUCAUGGCGUUUGUGGUCCAAAUAGUUUGUGUUCUUAUUAUAGUAAUGGUGUGAAAUGUUCUUGUCUUCCUGGUUACAAAAUGAAGAAUGAUGGUGAUUGGUCUUAUGGGUGUGAACCAAAAUUCUCACUUUCUUGCAAUAAAACUCAGUCAAGGUUUUUAGUUAUAACCAAUGUUGAGUUAUUUGGUUAUGAUUAUGGGAUCAUGACAAAUUACACACUUGAACAGUGCAAAGAGUUGUGUUUGCAAUUAUGCAAUUGCAAAGGAAUUCAAUAUACUUAUGUCAUUGCUGGCUCUGGUAUACCUGGUACUUAUACAUGUUACCCGAAAUUGCAGUUGCGAAACGCAUAUCGAAUACCGUAUUUUAAUGCUGAUUUGUACUUGAAAUUGCCAGAAAAUAGUUCAUACAAUUACAAGGAAUCAAUGGAUGAUAAGUACAAACUUGCUUGUUCUGUGAAUCCUAAAACAGUAACACUUGAAACAGCACACAAUGAAGUUCAUGAAGGCAGGUAUAUUAAGUUUUUGCUAUGGUUUGUAGGAGGAAUGGGAGGACUUGAAAUCUUAUGCAUAUUUAUGAUGUGGUUUUUCUUAGUAAGAAGAAAAGGGCAACAACAUUCUAGAGGAGACACAAGAGUCUAUAACAUGAUUGGUUUUAGAAAAUUCAGUUAUUCCGAAAUAAAAAGAGUAACUAAAAAUUUCAGUGAAGAGAUUGGAAAAGGUGCAGGAGGGAUAGUAUACAAAGGUGUGUUAUUGGAUCAAAGAGUUGUAGCAGUGAAGAGACUCAAAGAAGCUAAUCAAGGUGAAGAAGAGUUUCAAGCUGAAGUUAGUAGCAUUGGAAGGUUUAACCACAUGAAUUUGAUUGAGUUAUGGGGUUAUUGUGUAGAUGGAAAACACAGAAUCUUGGUUUAUGAGUUUAUGGAAAAUGGUUCUUUGGCAGAACAUAUAAAGUCUAGAAAUUUGGAUUGGACAAAAAGAUUUGACAUAGCAUUAGGAACAGCAAAAGGUUUGUGUUAUAUUCAUGAAGAAUGUUUGGAGUGGAUUUUGCAUUGUGAUGUGAAGCCACAAAAUAUACUUUUGGAUUCUAAUUAUCAACCAAAGGUGUCAGAUUUUGGAUUGUCGAAAUUAAGAAACAGAGGUGAUAGUAAAUUUUCUAGUUUUUCGAAAAUACGAGGUACAAGAGGUUACAUGGCACCUGAGUGGGUUUUGAAUCAUUCAAUAACAUCUAAAGUUGAUGUUUUUAGCUAUGGAAUUGUUGUGUUGGAAAUGAUAACUGGGAAGAGUGCAGCAAAGGAUGUUGUUGAUAUGGGUAAUGAUGGAGAAGAGAAGGUUGGUUUGGUUGGGUGGUUGAGAGACAAAAGAAAUGGAAGAGUUUCAUGGGUUGGUGAAAUUUUGGAGGAUAUGGUUGAAGGAGAUUAUGAUGAAAGGAAAAUUGAAGGUUUGGUCAAUGUGGCUUUACAAUGUGUAGAGGAAGAGAAGGAUAAGAGACCUACUAUGAGUCAAGUUGUAGAGAUGCUUCAGAAAUUAUGCUGUGAAAAUCAUAAUCAGUGAUCAACAAAACAAGUUGCUAGUUCAACAAAGAGAGUGUAAUCUCAUGAAUAAUUGUGAUUUUUUUCCUAUUACUAUUAGAUUUUAAUGAAGUAGGUGUAUAGUAGUGUCUUUAAUAUAAUAAUAUGUAAUGUGAUUUAGUGAUAAUAAUAUAUUGUACGGAUUCUCACAUAAACUAGUAUAGAAAUCACCUAUACCACACUAUUUGGUGUGUCGUAUGUAGUU